AUGAACCAGCAGGUGUCCGGGCCGUGGGAGUGGUUAUUCGGCUGCCUGGAACCUGGUCACGAAUAUGUGUGUAUCCUUGAGUAUUCCUACGAUCAGGAUUACAAGAUGGAUCUAGCACUCUUCGACACGCCAUCGGUUCCUAAUGAGCCUUGUUUGGGAAAGCACGCUGCAAGCCCGUCGAGAGCGCUGUUUAAAGCAGCUUUUGGCAGCUCCAGGCCGCCUGAGCAGAGCCCAACUCCGGUUCGAUAUGCUGACAUCGAUCGAUACUUGCUCGAAGUGCCUGAGAGUUGCGUUCUCGAUCUGAACCUCAGCAAUCGUGCCCAUGCAUCCUUGCAUGGCAGUAUGCGCAAGCUCAUCUACGAAGCCAAAGAGCUGAUUGCAAAGCAUUUGCGUGUGUUGCCCACCAUCAUGGGCGCAAAACAGAUACCAAGAGACCUUCGAAGAGUCUAUCAGACGGCGAAUAUGAUCUUCCCGCUACCAGGACAGAUACAGACGUGGGGAGAUUUUGUGCCGUACGUAUAUGAGGUCUUCGAACACGGCAUUAACGCUGAAGCUCGCAUGUUGAUCCUGCAGGCGAUUCAUUUCCAGGAGCUCCGUGAGACCGAUGAGAGGGAACAAAAAGAGAGAGCGAAGAAUGCCUCGGCAUUAGCCAAAACGACCAGGUCGAAAGAGAAAAAACGGUCGUUGAUGGACACGAAGGGGAAGCCUGGGAUUGAACCGUUAGCAUACGCCCCAUACUCCCUGAAAGACGAAAACGAGGAACGAUCCGCAAAACCGCGAACAAAGCGUAAGCUCACGCCGACAACGCCUACUAGAAAGCCUCUGGCUCCGAAGUCUCAAGGGCUGUUUGGAGCAGCCAAGGCGAUAAUGAACACCCCCACAUCCACUCCUAGACAUCGGGCAGCAUCAAUGUUCUCUUCCAUGAGUCCCUUCCGGAAAUCCAAAGAGCCAAAGUCACAGUCUCGACACUCUAGCAUGGCGAUGCAGGCACAGAGCCCUACACCAGCCACACCCGUGACGGCACCUGAACACGACUCCAGUCCAAUCGCCCAGUCCACCGUCUGGAAGUCGGCUUCUCCGGCUCCUAACACGCCUAUCUCUACAGCUUUUGUACCUCAAGGACAAGGUGAGAUACAUGCCGCUGAGUUGAAAUAG